UUAAUGCAGAAUGCAGCUUUCUUUGACUGUUUGUAGCUUUCUUCAAAUGUAAAGGUAAAGUAGCUUUCUUCAAAGAAUAAACAUAAAAAAUAUCUUCCACGCUAAGGAGGAGCAAUUGACUUCGAUAGACUUGUCGCCAAUUUCUCCAGUUUGACCGAUCUGCCAUUUCCUGCCUUCUUCUACAUCAGGAGGAAGAAGCCAUGACAGUGGGAGAGGCUUUUCUCUCAGCUUUUCUUCAAGUUCUAUUUGACAGGUUGGCUUCUCGUGAGUUCGUGGAGCUGCUACGUGGCCGGAAACUGGAUGAGGUGCUGGAGAAGUUGAAGAUAACUCUGCUGAUGAUCACUGCUGUGCUGAAUGAUGCUGAGGAGAAGCAGUUCAGCAGCCCAGCAGUGGAGAAGUGGCUGCACAUGGCCAAAGAUGCUCUGUAUGAUGCAGAGGACGUAUUGGAUGAGCUAGCUACCGAUGCUCUGCAGUCUAAGCUGGAAGGUGAAUCUCAGAACGGAAAGAAUCCGGUACGCAAUAGGAGUUUCAUUCCCACCUCUGUUAAUUUGUUCAAGGAAGGAAUAGAAUCAAAGAUAAAGAAGAUAAUUGACAAGUUAGAAAGUAUUUCCAAACAAAAGGAUGUCCUCGGCUUGAAGGAUAAUGUUGCGGGGAGUUUAUCAGAAAUCAAACACCGAUUACCAACAACUUCGCUGGUGGAAAAAUCUUGUGUCUAUGGCAGGGAUGACGAUGAGAAGCUGAUAAUUGAAGGGCUACUAAGAGAUGAACUCAGCAACGCUAAAGUUGGGGUAGUUCCCAUAGUUGGUAUGGGCGGGAUAGGGAAGACAAUCCUGGCUCAACUUGUGUACAACAAUGGCAGAGUGGAGAAGCGUUUUGCUUUAAGAAUCUGGGUUUGUGUUACUGAUCAGUUUGAUGUGAUGAGGAUAACAAAAACAUUGGUUGAGUCAAUCACUUCGAAAACUCCUGAGGUCAAUGACUUAAACUUGCUUCAAGUUAGCCUGAGAGAUAAAGUGGUUGGGCAUCGGUUUUUGCUUGUUUUGGAUGAUGUUUGGAGCAAGAGAAAUAAGGGCUGGGAUUUGCUCUUGAAUCCUUUAAGAGCAGGAGCACCAGGAAGUAAGAUUAUAGUAACAACACGCAAUGCAGAUGUUGCAUCAAGCAUAGGCACAGUUCCGGCUCAUCAUCUGAAAGGUCUAUCAUUUGAAGAUUGUUGGUCAUUGUUCAAGAGUCAAGCAUUUGAAGAUAGGAACAUUGAUGCUCACCCCAAUUUGGAAGUGAUUGGUAGGGAGAUAGUGAAAAAAUGUGAUGGUUUGCCACUGGCAGCAAAGAGGUUGGGGGUCCUUUUGCGCACGAGAGUAGAAGAACAUGAAUGGAGGGAUAUUUUGAAUAAAAAGAUAUGGGAUUUACCAGAUGAUGAAAGGGAAAUCCUUCAGACUCUAAGAUUGAGCUAUGAUCAUCUUCCUGCACAUUUGAAGCAGUGCUUUGCCUACUGUGCGAUAUUCCCAAAAGACUACGAAUUCAAGAAGGACUCGCUAGUUCUAUUAUGGAUAGCAGAAGGUUUUGUGCAACAACCAAAAGGGAAUAAAAGAUUGGAAGAGGCAGGGGGUGAAUAUUUUCAGGAUCUAGUAUCAAGGUCAUUCUUUCAGCAAUCCUCUAAUGAUAAAUCAUGUUUUGUAAUGCAUGACCUCAUGAAAGACUUAGCUCAGUUUGUUUCACGAGAUAUAUGUUUCAGAUUGGAGGAUAUGCUGAAAGAUGGAAAUCCAUGUAAAGUCUUUGAAAAGGCCCGCCAUUCCUCUUACAUUCGUGGAAAACGCGAUGUUCUCACUAAAUUUGAGGCCUUCAAUGGACUCGAGUGCUUACGGUCCUUCCUACCACUGGAUCCAAUGGGCAAAACUGGAGUCAGCUAUUUGGCCAAUAAGGUUCCUAGCGAUCUCUUGCCAAAGUUGAGAUGUUUACGGGUUCUAUCUUUCAAUGGUUAUCGCAUCACUGAAUUGCCGGAUUCAAUUGGCAACUUGAGACAUUUAAGGUACUUGGACCUUUCUCACACUGCAAUUAAGUACUUGCCUGAAUCAGCAAGUACUCUCUACAAUUUACAAGCAUUAAUCUUGUUACAGUGUCACUCUCUCAGUAUGUUACCUACAAACAUGGGUAACCUAACAAACCUACGGCAUCUAUGCAUUAGUGAAACCAGAUUAAAAAUGAUGCCACUGCAAAUGCAUAGAUUGACGAGUCUACAAACUCUCUCUCAUUUUGUGGUGGGCAAAAAUGGUGGGUCGGGAAUAGGAGACCUGAGGAACAUGUCGCAUCUUCAGGGAAAGCUUCUCAUGACAGGGCUGCAGAAUGUGGCUAGUUUUUGGGAUGCAGCAGAGGCUAAAUUAAAGGACAAACAUGAAAUUGAUGAGCUGGUGUUCCAAUGGAGUAACAAUUUUGAUGAUCUAACAAAUGAUAGGGUUGAAGAGGAAGUAUUUGACAAGAUCAAUGUUAGAGGCCAUAGGGUGACCAGAUUUCCAAGUUUUAGGGAAGUCAUGCAGGCAUAUGAGCAGGAACAUGAUGAAACACCGUCAGAACAGAGUGGUAAUUUAGAUGAUUCCAGACAUGGAAGAGUUGACACUGACGUACUUGAGAUGCUGCAACCUCAUAACAACAUAAAACAACUUGUGAUCAAAGACUACAGAGGAACAAGAUUUCCAGGCUGGAUAGGAAAUGCUUCCUACUCCAAUAUAAUACGUUUAAAACUUAGCAACUGUAAAAAGUGUAAGUGUUUACCAUCACUUGGGCAGCUACCGUCGCUCAAAUACCUGACUAUCAAAGGAAUGGAAGGAAUCAAGAUGGUGGGCACCGAAUUCUACAAGGAUGGAUGUUCUUCUCUUGUGCCGUUUCCAUCAUUGGAGACUUUGAAGUUUGAGAACAUGUUGGAGUGGGAGGUAUGGUCUUCCUCUGGACUUGAAGACCAGGAAGACUUCCAUCACCUGCAAAAGAUUGAAAUCAAGGAUUGUCCCAAGCUUAAAAAAUUCUCACAUCAUUUCCCUUCCUUGGAAAAAAUGAGCAUUUUGCGGUGUCAACAGUUGGAAACACUUUUAACAGUUCCAACACUUGAUGAUAGCACAGAACAAGGCGGAUACUUCCCUUGCCUCCUAGAGCUUUCUAUAAGAGCAUGUCCCAAUCUGAGGGAAUUACCCAACCUCUUUCCGUCCUUAGCGAUACUUGAUAUAGAUGGAUGCCUAGAAUUGGCAGCACUUCCAAGGCUUCCUUUGAUCCGUGAACUAGAAUUAAUGAAAUGUGGUGAAGGGGUGUUACAAAGUGUAGCGAAAUUCACAUCGCUUACCUAUUUGCAUCUGAGUCAUAUUUCCGAGAUCGAGUUUCUACCUGAAGGGUUCUUCCACCACUUGACAGCACUCGAAGAAUUGCAGAUUUCUCAUUUCUGCAGGCUCACAACCCUGUCCAAUGAGAUUGGAUUGCAAAACCUUCCUUACCUAAAACGUUUGAAAAUUUCAGCCUGUCCAUGUUUAGAGGAGUUGCCACAAAACUUGCACAGUCUUGUAUCUCUGAUAGAGUUGAAGGUCUGGAAGUGCCCCCGUCUUGUAUCCUUCCCAGAGUCAGGCUUUCCUUCUAUGCUUAGAAUUCUUGAGAUUAAGGAUUGUGAGCCUCUGGAGAGCCUACCUGAGUGGAUAAUGCAUAACAACGAUGGCAACAAGAAGAACACCAUGUCUCAUCUCCUUGAAUACUUUGUGAUUGAAGGCUGUUCUACCCUUAAAUGCUUACCAAGAGGCAAGCUUCCCAGCACACUCAAAAAACUUGAAAUCCAGAACUGUAUGAAUCUGGAUUCCCUUCCUGAGGACAUGACUUCUGUUCAAUUUUUGAAGAUUUCAGCCUGUUCAAUUGUGUCCUUUCCAAAAGGUGGAUUACAUACAGUUCCAUCCUCCAAUUUCAUGAAGCUUAAGCAACUGAUUAUCAACAAGUGUAUGAAGCUUGAAUCCCUACCUGAAGGUCUACAUAACCUCAUGUAUCUUGAUCACUUGGAAAUAGCAGAAUGCCCGCUACUGUUCUCUUUCCCAGGACCUGGGUUGCCCACAACCAAGCUACGAACACUUAAAAUCUCCAAUUGCAUCAAUUUCAAGUCCCUACCAAAUCGGAUUUACAACCUCACAUCUCUUCAAGAGCUAUGCAUAGAUGGGUGCUGUAGUCUUGCAUCACUUCCAGAGGGGGGAUUACCCAACAGUCUAAUAUUACUUUCUAUCUUAGAUUGCAAGAAUCUCAAGCCCUCCUAUGACUGGGGACUGCACAGGCUCACAUCUCUCAACCACUUCUCCUUUGGAGGAUGUCCAGAUUUAAUGUCACUUCCAGAGGAGUGGCUGCUGCCUACCACCAUAUCCUCUGUUCACCUUCAAUGGCUGCCAAGACUGAAGUCCCUACCCAGGGGCCUGCAGAAACUUAAAUCUCUAGAAAAACUAGAGAUAUGGGAAUGUGGCAACCUCUUAACCUUGCCGGAGGAGGGACAAUCCAAGAUGCAGUGGAAUCUUCAAUUUUGGGAUGUCCUCUAGCAUACAAUUAGCAAGGCAAGAAUUUCAUCUUGUGCCCAAAUCAAGAAUUUUCUCAGAGCCACUCUUUCUUGCAGUGCCAACAACUCCCAUUAUUUCCAAAAGAGUGGCUGCCAGGUGUGUUUUCUCAUCUUUGCAACCAUCCAUUAAUCUGCAUAAUCCACACACGGUAAAUCUACUGAAAGAUGGUACUGCUGUGCUCUGUUUUAUUCAGUAAAAUAACACCAAACACAUUGCUCUUCAUAUUUCCACUAGUAAUUUCCCAGUACCAUUCUCAUAAAUUAUAUCAUGUAUUGUAAGACUUUUUUGCAUAUUGAGAAAUAAUUAGAAAAAUAUGAAAACAUAUAUGAAUUCAUGAAAGAUUAUAAUGUUAAAAGAGAUAAAUAUAGCAUUCAUCAAACACCAUACUGAUAGGCCUCUUAUACGUUAUGUAUAUUCCAGAAAAGGGAAGAGAAGUGUACUGCAAACUGGCAGUUAGUUGUAACAGUCCUUGUACAGGCUGUGUAACAGUCUUGGUACAGGCUGGAAUAGCUUAAAUAGGAAAAUAUGGAAUUGAUUAGGAUAGCUGGCUGUUCUGGGAGUUUGGGGGGAGAGUGAUAGCCUCUCGAAUAGCUAUCUUGUAUCAGUCUGGCCCUGUUCUUGAAAUUCAAUAAUAUCACUAAUAAAUUUUUCCUUCAUUAGAUACCUAUCACAUACAUAAGUAAAUAUUAAACUAAAGUUUUAAUGAAAUAAACUUAGCAUAACAUGUUGUGCCAGCAGAAGCUUCAAUGUAAACAUAUUAGUUCAAGAACACAAACAUAAUAUAAUUCAUGCACAAAAGUACAUGUGGUUUUAAAAUGGUGUGGCCAAUCAUGUAUACAUCUAUGGAUAAGAGAGAAUCAUUCCCAUAUCGUAUAGAGAACAUCAUAAAAGAUAGAAACCAGAUACAACAAUAAGGUUCUUGAAACUUCCCAUGUUUCCCCACUCCUUGUACCAUAGCCUAAAUCAUGAACUCCUAGCUCCAUCAAGUGUCUCCCGUUCUUCCUCACAUUUUUAUCUACCACAUGAUAUAAGCCCAUCUAUAAGGAUUUGCUUCCAACCGUGUAGAUAUUGUAUGUUUUGAGCCCAAAGGAGCCUUCAUAGUUUUAAAAUGUAUCUACAAGAUUAAGAGGAGUCCAUACAUAUAUAAUCCCAAGAACAUUUUUCCCCUAUUUGAUAUGGGAUAUCACACCAUCUCCAUCUCAUAACUUUUCCCCCUCAUGAUUAAGAUAUUCCUAAUAACUUUAUUUAUUCUAUAAGGAAAUCAAAUAUUAUAAUGACAUAUUAAUAUAGGAAAUAUUUUAUACAAUAUUCAUUACCAAAAGGAAUCUAUACCAAUUAGAAAUUUGAGACGCUUCCCUACAUGACAUGACAUUUUAAACUAAAGGGUUAAUUUCAUUCACCUCCAUUGAGGUUUUGGUUAAAUACACCUAACCCCUAUUGGUUUAAAAUUUCAUUAAAUAUCUCUUUUAUCAUUUGAAAAUGAUAGAGGAGAUAUUUGAUGAAAUUUCAAACCAAUGAGAAUCAAGUGUAGUUAGCCAAAACCUGAGGAAAGAUGAGUGAAAUUAACCCUAAACUAAAUCAUAGAUCCAUUACAAACUCUACAAAAAGCGUCCUCAUCCUCUAAGUCCUUUACCAUCUUUUAUAAUCAUAUUAUGUACACGAAGUCUUUUACAAGAAUAAUAAUAACAUGCUUUCUUGGUUGCUCAUGUAGAUUGAAAAAGAAUGUGACGUCUAAACAAUGAAACUUUGAACUUUGUAUUAGAAAUGGUAUGUUUUUCCCUUGAAAUGAAAGAAGGCCAUCAUAUUACAGCAUAAGAUCUAAUAUUUGAUUUAUUUAGUUUUGUUGGAUGACUAAUGGCCUGUUUGAAAACUGUUCUUGAAAACAACUUUUUGUUCCUUAAAAUAGAAAUGGUUGUCUAACUCAAAAAACGUGUUUGACAAAUUUUUUAUUGAAAACAAUUUUUUGAAUAUCUGUUCCAAAAAUGCAUUAUUUUUUAGAAUUAAUGUGAGGCCUUUUCAGCUAUUUUUUGUAGUCUUUCUGAGAAAUAAUUGAAAAUAUUUUGGGAACUUUUGCACAGUACAUAAAUGCACAAUACCUUCAUAGAGAAUACACAGAGAAAAAUGUUUUCCAUAUUGAGAACUACUUUUAACAGCUGUUUGAAAAUUUUUGUUUUUUUCAAGAAUUGUUUUCAAAAACGUAUCUCUUUUUUUUAUUGAACAACAGUUUCAGGAUUCUAAGUUUGUUUGCAGGUUCAAGCUUUUACAGGUCAACUAUAACCACAAGAAAUUUGCAAACUGGAUAGGAUUUUCCACUAUCUGCAAACUAUUUUCUAACUAGUUUUUGGUACAACAGUUUGACAGACUAUAUGUGUACUGUUCAAUCUUUAAAUAAAUUGUAACAUCAUUGUAGUAUCAGAUGCAUAUUUCAAUAGGCUAUUCAACUCUUUCACUAUUGACACAAACUCAAUGUCAUCUCUCAAACUUACACCACCAGCACUUUAUUAACCAAGCAUUUAAACUCAGGUGAAGAGUACCAUCAUUAUGUCCAUGUCAAGUCCCUAUAACAAGAUAAAGUUUCACUAGUUGCAAUAGCACGAAAAGUUGCCAAAUGGUAGUCACAGAAGGUUUAGAAACCUUCACUUUAGUUUGAUUGAGUUCAGCAAAGAUAAGCGAUAACUUCUAUUUAAUGAUGUUUCCUUACAUUUAAUUAACAUCUUAAGAUAGUCUUUCUUUUUUUCAUAGAAAGCUCUUUUCCAUAUUUAAGUUAGAUGUGGGAAAGAGUAUUCUAAUCAGGGCCUCAUCAGUUUUUUUUUUCUUCUCUUUUGGGAGUCCAACAAUAGAUUUAUAAUAAAAUUGUCCUGUUAAACACAUUAUCAUAAUAUAUUACUGCUUUUACCAUAGACUAUCUCCCUACAAGUUUGAGAUGGGAUUAAGCCUUCAGUUGCUCCUUGUUUCUCAUUGUCAUGUGGGAGGAUCUAAGGAAGCACCAGUGUUUUCCUUCUGUUACAACAUUAGGAAAAUUGGAUCAUGCAUGUGAGACCCUGUAAUUUAGAAUUUUCUUAAAGAACUAAAUUUUAAAUCAAUGCCUGCAACUUUUUGAUAGUUAGCACAGCAGCAUCAGCUUACAAAAUCCACUGUAUAGAUAUGUAGCUUUUCAUGAAGCUGGUUAGGUAUUUUGUGAUAAUAGCAUAUGAUAUAGUUACCAAAAAGUGUAAUGCACUGAGGUCAAAUAUUUAUAUUAUAGAAGGCUGGUUGGAGAGGAGCAAGCUUUCUGUCUGCAGUUCCUCCAAGGAGAUUGGGGUGUCAAUUUGCUAUCCAGCAAGCAGUGGGCUGCCUUAUUCACCUGGAGGCCUUUUGGUGGAUGGUCAGUGAGUUCCUUCUAGUUGGGUUAGUAAAAAAAUUAUAAGUUUUUGCAAACAUGAGUUUCUUGCUGCUGGAGAGUUUUGAAGAAGAAUGUCUUGCUUUGUUUAUGAAGAUUCAGGUGUGGUGGAGGCAGCAAGUCGCUGACACCCCAAAGAAGAGGAGGACGAGGGGGAGUUGAUACAAAGACCAGGAACUUAGGAAGCUGGCAUAUUCAGUGAACUAUGACGGGAAGGGUAGGGGUAACAAGGAGGAUGUUAGUGUGGCUGGUUGGUCUCAAGCUCCUUUUGAAGAAAGUAGCUCAGGUGUACUGUUUGACAGACUAUAUGUGUACUGUUCAAUCUUUAAAUAAAUUGUAACAUCAUUGUAGUAUCAGAUGCAUAUUUCAAUAGGCUAUUCAACUCUUUCACUAUUGACACAAACUCAAUGUCAUCUCUCAAACUUACACCACCAGCACUUUAUUAACCAAGCAUUUAAACUCAGGUGAAGAGUACCAUCAUUAUGUCCAUGUCAAGUCCCUAUAACAAGAUAAAGUUUCACUAGUUGCAAUAGCACGAAAAGUUGCCAAAUGGUAGUCACAGAAGGUUUAGAAACCUUCACUUUAGUUUGAUUGAGUUCAGCAAAGAUAAGCGAUAACUUCUAUUUAAUGAUGUUUCCUUACAUUUAAUUAACAUCUUAAGAUAGUCUUUCUUUUUUUCAUAGAAAGCUCUUUUCCAUAUUUAAGUUGGAUGUGGGAAAGAGUAUUCUAAUCAGGGCCUCAUCAGUUUUUUUUUUCUUCUCUUUUGGGAGUCCAACAAUAGAUUUAUAAUAAAAUUGUCCUGUUAAACACAUUAUCAUAAUAUAUUACUGCUUUUACCAUAGACUAUCUCCCUACAAGUUUGAGAUGGGAUUAAGCCUUCAGUUGCUCCUUGUUUCUCAUUGUCAUGUGGGAGGAUCUAAGGAAGCACCAGUGUUUUCCUUCUGUUACAACAUUAGGAAAAUUGGAUCAUGCAUGUGAGACCCUGUAAUUUAGAAUUUUCUUAAAGAACUAAAUUUUAAAUCAAUGCCUGCAACUUUUUGAUAGUUAGCACAGCAGCAUCAGCUUACAAAAUCCACUGUAUAGAUAUGUAGCUUUUCAUGAAGCUGGUUAGGUAUUUUGUGAUAAUAGCAUAUGAUAUAGUUACCAAAAAGUGUAAUGCACUGAGGUCAAAUAUUUAUAUUAUAGAAGGCUGGUUGGAGAGGAGCAAGCUUUCUGUCUGCAGUUCCUCCAAGGAGAUUGGGGUGUCAAUUUGCUAUCCAGCAAGCAGUGGGCUGCCUUAUUCACCUGGAGGCCUUUUGGUGGAUGGUCAGUGAGUUCCUUCUAGUUGGGUUAGUAAAAAAAUUAUAAGUUUUUGCAAACAUGAGUUUCUUGCUGCUGGAGAGUUUUGAAGAAGAAUGUCUUGCUUUGUUUAUGAAGAUUCAGGUGUGGUGGAGGCAGCAAGUCGCUGACACCCCAAAGAAGAGGAGGACGAGGGGGAGUUGAUACAAAGACCAGGAACUUAGGAAGCUGGCAUAUUCAGUGAACUAUGACGGGAAGGGUAGGGGUAACAAGGAGGAUGUUAGUGUGGCUGGUUGGUCUCAAGCUCCUUUUGAAGAAAGUAGCUCAGGUGUACUGUUUGACAGACUAUAUGUGUACUGUUCAAUCUUUAAAUAAAUUGUAACAUCAUUGUAGUAUCAGAUGCAUAUUUCAAUAGGCUAUUCAACUCUUUCACUAUUGACACAAACUCAAUGUCAUCUCUCAAACUUACACCACCAGCACUUUAUUAACCAAGCAUUUAAACUCAGGUGAAGAGUACCAUCAUUAUGUCCAUGUCAAGUCCCUAUAACAAGAUAAAGUUUCACUAGUUGCAAUAGCACGAAAAGUUGCCAAAUGGUAGUCACAGAAGGUUUAGAAACCUUCACUUUAGUUUGAUUGAGUUCAGCAAAGAUAAGCGAUAACUUCUAUUUAAUGAUGUUUCCUUACAUUUAAUUAACAUCUUAAGAUAGUCUUUCUUUUUUUCAUAGAAAGCUCUUUUCCAUAUUUAAGUUAGAUGUGGGAAAGAGUAUUCUAAUCAGGGCCUCAUCAGUUUUUUUUUUCUUCUCUUUUGGGAGUCCAACAAUAGAUUUAUAAUAAAAUUGUCCUGUUAAACACAUUAUCAUAAUAUAUUACUGCUUUUACCAUAGACUAUCUCCCUACAAGUUUGAGAUGGGAUUAAGCCUUCAGUUGCUCCUUGUUUCUCAUUGUCAUGUGGGAGGAUCUAAGGAAGCACCAGUGUUUUCCUUCUGUUACAACAUUAGGAAAAUUGGAUCAUGCAUGUGAGACCCUGUAAUUUAGAAUUUUCUUAAAGAACUAAAUUUUAAAUCAAUGCCUGCAACUUUUUGAUAGUUAGCACAGCAGCAUCAGCUUACAAAAUCCACUGUAUAGAUAUGUAGCUUUUCAUGAAGCUGGUUAGGUAUUUUGUGAUAAUAGCAUAUGAUAUAGUUACCAAAAAGUGUAAUGCACUGAGGUCAAAUAUUUAUAUUAUAGAAGGCUGGUUGGAGAGGAGCAAGCUUUCUGUCUGCAGUUCCUCCAAGGAGAUUGGGGUGUCAAUUUGCUAUCCAGCAAGCAGUGGGCUGCCUUAUUCACCUGGAGGCCUUUUGGUGGAUGGUCAGUGAGUUCCUUCUAGUUGGGUUAGUAAAAAAAUUAUAAGUUUUUGCAAACAUGAGUUUCUUGCUGCUGGAGAGUUUUGAAGAAGAAUGUCUUGCUUUGUUUAUGAAGAUUCAGGUGUGGUGGAGGCAGCAAGUCGCUGACACCCCAAAGAAGAGGAGGACGAGGGGGAGUUGAUACAAAGACCAGGAACUUAGGAAGCUGGCAUAUUCAGUGAACUAUGACGGGAAGGGUAGGGGUAACAAGGAGGAUGUUAGUGUGGCUGGUUGGUCUCAAGCUCCUUUUGAAGAAAGUAGCUCAGGUGUACUGUUUGACAGACUAUAUGUGUACUGUUCAAUCUUUAAAUAAAUUGUAACAUCAUUGUAGUAUCAGAUGCAUAUUUCAAUAGGCUAUUCAACUCUUUCACUAUUGACACAAACUCAAUGUCAUCUCUCAAACUUACACCACCAGCACUUUAUUAACCAAGCAUUUAAACUCAGGUGAAGAGUACCAUCAUUAUGUCCAUGUCAAGUCCCUAUAACAAGAUAAAGUUUCACUAGUUGCAAUAGCACGAAAAGUUGCCAAAUGGUAGUCACAGAAGGUUUAGAAACCUUCACUUUAGUUUGAUUGAGUUCAGCAAAGAUAAGCGAUAACUUCUAUUUAAUGAUGUUUCCUUACAUUUAAUUAACAUCUUAAGAUAGUCUUUCUUUUUUUCAUAGAAAGCUCUUUUCCAUAUUUAAGUUAGAUGUGGGAAAGAGUAUUCUAAUCAGGGCCUCAUCAGUUUUUUUUUUCUUCUCUUUUGGGAGUCCAACAAUAGAUUUAUAAUAAAAUUGUCCUGUUAAACACAUUAUCAUAAUAUAUUACUGCUUUUACCAUAGACUAUCUCCCUACAAGUUUGAGAUGGGAUUAAGCCUUCAGUUGCUCCUUGUUUCUCAUUGUCAUGUGGGAGGAUCUAAGGAAGCACCAGUGUUUUCCUUCUGUUACAACAUUAGGAAAAUUGGAUCAUGCAUGUGAGACCCUGUAAUUUAGAAUUUUCUUAAAGAACUAAAUUUUAAAUCAAUGCCUGCAACUUUUUGAUAGUUAGCACAGCAGCAUCAGCUUACAAAAUCCACUGUAUAGAUAUGUAGCUUUUCAUGAAGCUGGUUAGGUAUUUUGUGAUAAUAGCAUAUGAUAUAGUUACCAAAAAGUGUAAUGCACUGAGGUCAAAUAUUUAUAUUAUAGAAGGCUGGUUGGAGAGGAGCAAGCUUUCUGUCUGCAGUUCCUCCAAGGAGAUUGGGGUGUCAAUUUGCUAUCCAGCAAGCAGUGGGCUGCCUUAUUCACCUGGAGGCCUUUUGGUGGAUGGUCAGUGAGUUCCUUCUAGUUGGGUUAGUAAAAAAAUUAUAAGUUUUUGCAAACAUGAGUUUCUUGCUGCUGGAGAGUUUUGAAGAAGAAUGUCUUGCUUUGUUUAUGAAGAUUCAGGUGUGGUGGAGGCAGCAAGUCGCUGACACCCCAAAGAAGAGGAGGACGAGGGGGAGUUGAUACAAAGACCAGGAACUUAGGAAGCUGGCAUAUUCAGUGAACUAUGACGGGAAGGGUAGGGGUAACAAGGAGGAUGUUAGUGUGGCUGGUUGGUCUCAAGCUCCUUUUGAAGAAAGUAGCUCAGAAGGCUGGUUGGAGAGGAGCAAGCUUUCUGUCUGCAGUUCCUCCAAGGAGAUUGGGGUGUCAAUUUGCUAUCCAGCAAGCAGUGGGCUGCCUUAUUCACCUGGAGGCCUUUUGGUGGAUGGUCAGUGAGUUCCUUCUAGUUGGGUUAGUAAAAAAAUUAUAAGUUUUUGCAAACAUGAGUUUCUUGCUGCUGGAGAGUUUUGAAGAAGAAUGUCUUGCUUUGUUUAUGAAGAUUCAGGUGUGGUGGAGGCAGCAAGUCGCUGACACCCCAAAGAAGAGGAGGACGAGGGGGAGUUGAUACAAAGACCAGGAACUUAGGAAGCUGGCAUAUUCAGUGAACUAUGAAGGGAAGGGUAGGGGUAACAAGGAGGAUGUUAGUGUGGCUGGUUGGUCUCAAGCUCCUUUUGAAGAAAGUAGCUCAGAAUUGUUUCCUAGAACAUUUGACAGUUGAAUGAUGCAGAUGAAAGGAAAGUAGUGGACUCCAUUUUGAGAUCUCAUAGAGCUGAUCUGGUCUGUUUGCAAUAGAAUAUCCCUUUGGUCGGUGAUGCUUACACAUGAUGUGGAGGCUUAGAGAGAAUCAAUAUUCAGUGUUACCAAGAGGGGAAGUUAUUCUUUUCAAUUUGAAAAGAAUAUAGCUUAAAGUAGGUCAUUUCAGUGACCUGGUCAAAGCUUGGUAGGAUUCAGGGGCUCCCCUGGUUUCACCUUAGCAAGGAUGACUUUAAAACUUGGAACAAAGGGUUCUUGGCAACAUGUAAAUUGGGAAAUCAUGUGCUAUUGUGCAUGUUGGUUUCUUGAAUUUGACGGAAAAGUAGGGCUCUCUAUCUAAUGAUAAGCUGCUAGCUAAAGGCAUGCAAUCAGUUAGCAGUAUUCGGAGAGAUGUCAUGGAGGAUGAAAUCAGCUUCAUGGCUCAAAGAAAGGGACAGGAACACAGAAUUCUUCCAUAGAUUGGUUAAUGCCAUAGAAGAAGAAACAACAUUAGUGGCUUAAAGAUAAAAAAGAUUUGGCUUUCGGUGCUCUUUGUAUACUUCAUCUAUACUGUAAUUGUACCCCACCUUUUUUGUUUGCCCAUCCAAAAAGUAUAUCAUGAAUCUAUUUAGGUUUCCAGCU